AUGAUUGUCAUGAAGCUGAAUUCCCUCCAGCCACAAUUUAAUCGAAUCAACUUUUGGAAUAACGAAUACGUGUUGUUCAUCAGACAUUUUAAUGUACUUUAUGGAAGCAAACAGCUUUCGAGGUGUUCAUUACCCGACUGUCCUAAACGAGACAGGAUGAUUGUUAGCAAUGCCUGCCCGACAUGGAUGGAUCCUAAUAUUUCUUUACAAGAAACAGUUCUAUCUUGGAUGCAAGAAAAGGAAACGACGAAAUGUUAUGAAAGAGACAUUGGCGCUCAGUACUGUAGCGGGCAGAGACAAUUGCACCAGCGAACCUUUGACGGAGGCUCGUCACAUCCAGUCCUCAUACCAGUGGAUACAGAGCUUAUGGCUGAAAUGGAUGAGAUACUGACCAUGAACAAAGUACCUCCGCAUCUAGAGAUUUUAGGAAGAACGUACAAAUUGCGAUCAAUUACUCUCAUUAGCAAAGAAGAACAACAUUACGUCUGUAUUUUCCGGUACAAAGGCCAGUGGUUAUUUUACGAUGGCCGCGAAAAUGAUGGAUGGCCAAGACCAUUAGGAGCCAAUACGUCUGUACCUCGACAGACAUAUUUCAUAUCUCAUUUAUUGUAUGAAUAA